CGAGCCGAGCCGAGCCGUGCCGGGGGCCCCGCCGCGCCCCUGGGAAGGCGCUGCCCUUCGCUCCGCGCUGGGGCCGGGCUUCCCCAGUUCAGACAAGUUCUCGCCCCGCUUCUCUGCGGCGGCGGCGGGUUGUGGUGCGACACCGUCCUGACAUGUUGUAACUGGUUUCCACACCCACCGCGCCUCAGAGCGACGGACGGGAAGUACCUGCGAGGAGCCGUGCGCCGGCCGGCCCCGCUCCCCGCAGCCGCGAUCGCAACGAGCCGCGACCCCCCCGCCGCCAAGGAGCCGCUCCGGAGGCGAGUCCCCCCUGGGGCAGCCCGGCAACAUAUUUCAUCAGCUCACGAAUGGAAGUUUAAGAGGCUUUAUACAAAAUAUAUGUGAAAAUGGAAACUUCAUCUUUGUUGUCAUCUCUACAUGAUGAAUGCAGAUCAGACAACUACAUUGAACCUCAUUACAAGGAAUGGUACCGAGUAGCAAUUGAUGCUCUAAUUGAAGGAGGUUUAGAAGCCUACAAAGAAUUUCUUUCCAAAGAGAGAUGUUCAGAGUUCCUUGCAGAUGAGGAAAUCGAAUAUAUUUUGAACAAUGUUCAUAAACUUCCCCAAAACACAGUUUAUUCCUCUAACCAUGCCAUUGAUGACACCUCUUCCUCGGGAACCUACUGGCCUAUUGAAUCAGAUGUGGAAGCUCCAAAUCUUGACUUAGGUUGGCCCUACUUGAUGCCUGGAAUUUCUGGUGGCACAAACAUUGAUCUGCUUUUUCAUCCUCCACGAGCACAGCCUUACACCAUAAAGGAAACUGUUCGCAAGAUGAUACGAGAUGCAAGAAAGGUCAUUGCCAUAGUUAUGGAUAUGUUUACAGAUGUCGAUAUUUUUAGAGAAAUUGUAGAAGCAUCUACAAGAGGGAUUGCAGUGUAUCUCCUGCUUGAUGAGUCAAACUUCAGUCACUUUCUGAAAAUGACAGAGAAACAAGGCUGUCAAGUUCAGAGGCUCAGGAACAUGAGGGUGCGGACAGUAAAAGGACAAGAUUACUAUUCUAAAACAGGAGCAAAAUUCCAUGGAAAAAUGGAACAAAAAUUUCUUCUGGUUGACUGUAAGAAAGUCAUAUACGGUUCUUACAGCUUUAUGUGGUCUUUUGAAAAAACCAACCUCAGUAUGGUUCAAGUUAUCACAGGACAGCUGGUUGAAUCCUUUGAUGAAGAAUUCAGGACACUGUAUGCUCGUUCUUCUGUUCCUAGUUCAUUUGCCCCAGAAUUAGUGCGGGUUAACAGUCGCAGGACACUCUGGGAUAAUGACACGUACCAACACUCAGUGUCUUCCUUAGCUUCAGUUUCUAGCCAAAGAAACCUUUUUGGUAGGCAAGACAAGCUUCACAAUUUAGAUCCUGUGUAUUUGAAAACUCGAGGAAGAUAUGCAGUGAAUGAAAUAGAUAAAUUUGGAUUGAGAAAUCAAGCCUAUAAUAAGCAACCAUUUCAUCCAGGUUUUAAUAUGCAAAAUCCAAUCCAGCAGUAUCAACCUAGUGAAAAAAAUGAGCAUUGGAAGAGGCAUAGUUAUGCUGGGGAGAAGCCAGAAAGGACACCUUACCUAUUGCUCAACAGGGCUAUUAAUAGAGCCAAUAAUCCAUUGAAUACUUGGAAAAUGCCAUCUGAUAGCCUUAGUAUUGUGUCUUCGUUACGAGGAGGAUAUGCAAAUAACUGCAAUCCACCCCAACAAAGUUUCGCUGAUCAGUUUUCACGACCAAAGGUAAAUCUUGCAGAAAGAAAUUCAAUUGUGAGGAGGUCUUUUAAUGGGACAGAUCAUCAAAUCCGCCAUCUACAGCAAAGGAUGCCGACCCUAGAACACACAACGAAAUCAUUCCUACGUAACUGGCGAAUUAAGUCAUACUUAAAUGACCAAUCUGACUAUCCAGUGGAGUCUAAUGGGUCAGCCUUGGGUGACAGAUAUGAUAGCUAUGACACAGCUGAAAAUAUUAAAGCUCAUGCCCUGUACUCUCAUUCUCGCUUACGAUCGUCAUUGGUGUUUCAGCCAACUUUACCCGAACAGCAGGAGGUAAGCAGCUGUGCAAGUUCUUCAAAUUCAACUAUAAUUGGGUCAGAGGGAAGUGCAACACCUAAAGGGACAUCAAAUCAUGCACCAAGUGUGGAAAACGGAACAGACAAUACUUUAGAAGAGCUUAGCACAAAUGUCCAACUUAAAUCAGAGGCACCAAAAAACCACAGAAUUCAUACUGCAGACAACAGAAAACCUAUGGUAAAUUCACAUGCAGCAGGGGACCCACCUAUCUACUUAUACGCAACCCUCUGUGCCGACAAACAUGCAGAAAAUCUGAAGAACGUUCAAAAUGAAAAUAUACUUAAAAGGAGAAGCUUUCCCAUGUUUAAUUCAAAGUCCAUAUUAGACCCUGGUGCAGACAAGCAUGCAUCCAGUUAUGUUUACAGCACAUUGAACAGGCAUAGGCUUAAGCAGCCAGUUAGUCCAAAACUUCCAGAAGACACUCUGAAGAGCUCUAAAAGUUUGCACAGUGUGACCAACCAUUUGCCACAGGAGGAAAAGAACCUCAAAGGAGAGCUGAAGAGCCCAACUGCUACCAAGGCAAUCUCUAUGGCUGUUCUUGCUGAAGCGAGCAAAGAGGAGUCUAGUAGAGAUUGCACAUCAAAGAAAGAAAGUAAGAACUCCCCAAGUUUUCUAAAGAAAGGAUCCCAGAAACUGCGGUCACUUCUUAAUCUCACACCAGACAAGAAGGAAAUCUUGUCAAAAAACAAAGGUCCUGCCUUUUAUAGGAUGUGUAGUAGUUCUGACACUUUGGUUUCUGAAGAAGAGAAUCAAAAACCAAAGAUCUCUGAAAAUAAGACAGAUUCUUCCCCAAGAAGAAAGAGAAACACAUCAAAUUCCCAAGGUAGCUUGAACAGAAGUAAAGAAGAUGUCGCUGCAAGCCCAUCGAAGUCUCCAAAGUCUCCUAAAUCACCAAAGCCUCAAAAACCUCCAUCUGAUGAAAGCAAUAAAAAGUGUCCUGUCUUGUGCCCCCUUGAAAGUAAGUUCAUAGAAACUGCAGGAGAUGCAUCUACCCCAAGAUUUAAUACAGAACAGAUUCAAUAUCAAGAUGUAAAGGAAACUACCACAAAUACUACCCCUGAAAGUCCUGCUGUUUGUGCUCUACAAAGAGCAAGUUCAAUGACACCACAACUGGCAAGCUCAAAACAUCAAGAGGAGCUAAGAUCUCGUUUGAGUGAAAGGCGUGUUUAUAGUCGCUUUGAGCCAUUCUGUAAGAUGGAAAAUCCUAGUCAACUUGUAGGAAAUUUACCAAAUAGUUCACAUCUUCCAGAUAUCAAAAACAAGACCUUAGGAAAUAACUACGGCAGGAGUAAUCACCUGGUCAGCUACAACUCAACUGCUUAUCAUCCACUGCAGCCUAAUGAAAAUAAACUGAGGGGAUUUAUGCAAAAGUUUGGGAACUUCCUACACAAAAACAAAUAAAACUUCUGUUGAUUAUGUUGAAAUACAGCAAGAGUAGCAAAGCUGUACAUUCUUAACUGGAUAAGAGUGACAAGCAACUUCUGUAGAGCUUACUUGGGUUUCUUCAGGGUCUAGGACAUUUGAAUGAAUGUACAUACUUUUACAUAAUUAUUCUAGAAUUAUUAUGCUUAAGUCUACAGAAAUUCUGUGUCCAGAAGAUAUCUCAAGAAAGUUGUUUAUAGUGUUUAUAUUGUAAGAUUACUUUUAUACAUUUUCCUUUUGAAGAAAGUAUGUGCUGGUAAAAAAAGAUGGAGAGUGUUUUUAAACUUCAAAUAAUACUUUUUCUUAAGAUUUGCCCUUUAAAAAUAAGAUAGCACUAGGAAUAGUGGCUUGCAUCUUUUCAGCAUUUAUGUACUUUUUCAAAUGUUAAACACAAAUGUUAAUGCAUUGUAUGUUACUUAACUUCAAACUCAUUUUGAAACCCUCUUUUAGAUUCCAUCUUGGUAAUAAUUUACCCCUUAGCAUUUAUUGAAAUGUUUAGGCAGCAGAUGGAUAUUACUUUAUUGAAUUUUCCAUGCAAUAUGAUAUUAUUCCGAAGUAUUUGGCAUACAAAUCUUAAAGUGACCUUAAUCCCAUCUUUCUCAGACUUUUUUACAUGGCUAAAGUAAUGUGAAUGUAGGAUGAAAGUAAAAUAUAUAUAUAUUUAUAAAACAAAGUGCCUUGAAAAGAGCUUAACUGGUUUAAAUUUCAAUGGAUUAAUUACAUUUGUAUAACAUGCCAGUAUUCUGUAACGUAGUCUAAAAAUAUUUUUUGUUAGAUUUUUCUGUUUGGUGUUUCCAAAAAAAAAAAAAAAUGUGGACUUACAUUUCCCAGGUAAGUUUUUGAGUUUCACAUGUAACUGUAUGUUUUAGGUGUUGGCAGAUUAUGUGCAACUCUAGCUUUAAUAACCUUUUUUUUUUUUUUUUUUUGUAAUAAGGUUGUAAGUGCUUUAGACUAGGCAUAUGAUGAAGAUUGUAAGCUCAGUACUGCAAUGCUUAAAUUUUCCAUGCCCUGUUGCCUUACGUCAGGAUAAAUGUUACAAGGCCAGGAGCAAUUAGGCAUCUAAAAAUGAGGUUGAUGAAAAUCACCACAUAAAUCACUACCUCUCCUAAGCCAAAAAAGUAUCAGUGAAGAGCAAUAGCAGCACUUGUUUAAACUUAGCGAAGCUGCUUAGGCACCUAACUACAAUUUAAGGGGACAUAUCUGUGUUCAUCCAGGUCUUUCAGUCAUAAGAAUUUUCUUGAUAUUAAGCGCCUACACCAGAUUAGUGCUUACAGAAACCACAGAGAGGGUGAUGUGUUUGGGCAGCACCAUGGCAUCCACUUCUCAUUUGCAACCUGUAGCCAGAGCAUUCAGCUGGCUCCCAGCCCUCCUUGUUGUGGACUCUAUCUCUUAGCAGAGUCCCUUAAUGCUCAUAGCCAUUUAGCUGUGAGAUGCUCUGGGACAGUCUUACUCCACUUAAACUCGGUAAGGCUGUUCCACCACACAUCAAAUAAUUACAUAUUCAGAAGGCUGGAGACAAACAGGUAGACAUUUCUCUGAUGAGGGCACUCAGCACAUUAGAAAAGCAUAUUCACAUCCUUGCCUUGGUAGCACUGCUGCCCCUCUCAGGAUAUGUUUUAGGCUUGCUUUGAGAACAACUACUAAAAAUAAGCUCCACAAGUAAGAUCUUGAAAAAUACUUUUUUUUUUUUUUAAAAAAAAAAAUGAUGGUAGUUUAUACCUGCAGCAGGCACCAUACAGCUCACCACUUUGGGGAUUUAGGUAGUAUUGUAAAUUUUCAACAAUAGAAAUUCAGAAAUCUGGGUGCUGAAAGCAUAUAUAUCUUAUACAGGGUCUUCAUGUUUCUGAGGCAUCUUUUAGGAGACCACUUCACUCUUAGAUCUGAAAGGUCAUGCAGUGUUCUAUGGUGGAGUCCCACUCUGAAGGUCUUGGCUCUGUUCUUUAAAAAGAGACACCGGAAAGGCAUUUCAUUCACCAGCUCAAUCAAGUUCAUGCUCAUCACUGAAAAUCCUUGCUGGCUCCCAUGAACUCACCGCGGCUGUUGGCAGUGAUUUCAGUGAAGCAGUGCAAGCUUUUCAUUCAAACUGUUUCUCAGGCAGCCUUAUUAGGUUGAUGCAUUAUAGCAAUUAUUUCACCAUGGGGAUAGUAUUUAUUUUUAAGGGUGAUUAGAUCUGGUGUCUCAAUCCUAUGCUGAAAGUUUCACUCUCCUCUUUACCCCUGAUCAUGGAAAACAUUUUAUGAACUUCUUAACGAACGUUGGUCAGCUUUGUUCACUCCAUGCUAAAACGCCAUAGCAGGUAUUUUUCCUAAAUGGCCAUUCACACUGAAAUAUUCUGUCCUGCCAGAGGCAGCGAUUUCAGACUCUGAUCCCAAGGCAAAUGAUGUCUCCUUAGUAUUCCAGGCAUAUUAUCAGUACAGGCACAACAUAAUUCCACAGCUACCCAGCAAACAGCAAUGCAGCAGUGCACAGCAAGUCCUAACACCUUUUAGCAGGGCAGACAGUUUUUCAGGAUGGUGCCUGAAUUAACUGUACAGCAAAUGAACUUAACUGAGAUGCAGGAGGUGCUAAGAAUGGUGGAGGUAGGUUUGGGGAGAAUAUUUAGUUUUUCCUUAUACUCUUAUGAGCUCUGACAUACACUUGUAAGCAAUACUAGAUUUGGGAAGGAAAUGAGGGAGGGAGGACGACGGCCUUCUGGCAACUUUUGAAGUGAUAGUUCUUUGCAUUUUGUAGUAAUACUGGGGAAAUGUAUCUGAUACACUUGGGAAAUUUUUUACUCUAUUUUCCAGAGUGGGUUGCUAAUUAUAGAGUCCUGAGAAGCCAGAUAUUUUAAUUUACCAAGUCACUUAUUUAGAUAGAUAGCUAUAUUUUGUAUUUAUGCACAGAAGAUAAAGAGCCUUCAGUGAAGAUCCUGCUCAUACACUUAAUAAUGCAAUAAAUUAAAUGUAGUAGAAUUUCCUUUUUCAUUUUCAGAUACCUCCUCAGAGAACCUGCGUGAGAAUGUGUCUGCAUUAAGUUCUGAUCAAAGAUCAUAUGAUCUGAAUGAAAAAGACCACCACUGACCUCAGUGGCAGUUGGAUCAGACACUUAAUGCACUGACACCACUAUUUUAGAAGUGUUACAAGGCUGAAGGCUGCUUGGGGAGGAUGUGGCUCAGACACCAUGGGAACAGCAGCCCAAUGCCCUGCCAGCAGCUACUGCUUUAGAGAUGGGGGAGCACACUGGGGAGCUCCAAGGACAGCUGGUGCGAGGAUCGGCUGUUAUUUUGUUCCCUCCAGAAUUGUUCAUUACAGGUGGGAAAACAGUGCUUGCCCAUUCGUGUUGUUUUGCCUCCUGGUUGUGUGGGAACCCAGCUGUUUCAAAAAUAGAAAGGAAAAGUGUGGAAAAAAAUGUACAUGCUCUUUGCAUCUGCAAAGAAAAGGGAUAUGUGUGUGUUUGGAACAGAGGAUAUAUUUUUGAUCUUCCUUUUCCCAAAGCUUGUUGUGAUGUUUCUGCUUUUGCCAAGGAGAUGCACUUUGUUCAAUGUGUCCUAAAUGUGCUCUGCACAUUGCAAAUUUGUUACACCCCGCACACACCCAAUGCACUCCCAGUUUUGUAAGGCUAUGAAGUAAUAGUUAUUACCAUGCGUGACAGUCACUUGGCCAAAUGGCUUGGGAGUUGUGAAAUGUUGUGUCAUUUCCACAUUAAAUAAAACUCCAUUAGCACCCUAAUAGAUUCAGGUGAUCAGAGCUAUGCAGUUCUGAAUGUGGCUCUCAGGAGCACACAGCAUUGGGCAAUGCAGCCAGGAGAUACAGACCCCGCAUACGGUGCACAUACAAUUAAUGUCAUAAAUAAACCACCCCGAUAUGUGCUCAUAGUAUCCAGUGAAUUAAUUGCUUCAUUUCUUCAGCCUUGUAAUAAACAGUUUUUACUGCCUCUUGGAUUGCAAAAUGAUGGUUAUUUUACUAAUGAGCUUAUGCAGCACUCUUUUUUCAUGCUAAGAAAUAUGAACUGCUUGUAAAGAAAGGUUAAAAAAUAAGACAAAUUAAAUUUCCAACUGUCUAACACAUGAGGGUAGUAUUAUUUGUCACAAACCUUGAGAAAAUAAAAGCUUAUCAGGCAAUAGAUGUUUGUGCAUUGAUAGGUGCAGGAGCAAUACCAUUCACAGAAAAAAAUAAUCAUUUUUUUCAACUUUCUGAAAUGUGUAAGGAAAUGUUGUGGUUUAUAAAAAAGUUGUUAGGAAAAUAAAACCAAAAUCUGUAGACAGGUAUUUUAAAAAUAAAAUGUAAAAUGGCUCCACUAAUGUGUAUGAUAAAUAUAUAUAUUUUUUUUCCAUUUGGCAUAAGCUGUACAAUUGACAAGUAUCUGUACAACCACGUAGCACACAGAGAUCAGUAAGAACUUAUUCCCCAGAUCAAUAUUGUACUGUGCAGCACAAUAUUUCUAGUGACUUUUUUUUUUGAGUUUAUUUUGAUUUAUGUUAGAGUUAGACCAACAUAAAUCUGAAGUAUUUUGUUCAUAAUUAAGAGAUGUUCCUCCGAUUAUGUCUUCAGUUGCAUGAGUACGUAUUCCAUUAGCACCCCAGUGACAAGAGAGGAGUCUUCACUGCUCAAAUGCCAUUUUGCCAUUUCAUUCUUUCUUUUAUGCAGGCUGCUUACAGAUAUCUUAGUACCUUUCUGUAGAGUCUGAAAUUUUUCAUUUUCAACUCUUUACUAAGUUUCAGUUAGGUCUCCUUUUUUCACAUUCGGACAUGAUGCCAAAGAAAUAUUGCAUAUUGACAACAGCUUUGAGAAACAGAAUUGAAACCAUUUGCUUUUGGACAGCUCAGAACUGAGCUGCUUUACUCUUAGGCAGAGCUAGUAGUUUGGAUUUCUACUGAAGUGACACUGAUUUGUUAAGUUUUGCUUCAUCACCCUCUUAUUUAGAGCAGUCCCCUCCAGGUCAGUAUUUAAAAGCAAUUUCCAUAUAUUGAAAUGCUUUAAAAAGCAGGCAAGUCCUGUUUCUGAAAAUCCGGGAGGAUUUAGGGUGCUAGAUUAGCAAAUCAAUUAUUUGUAUAUCUUGAGAAUGUAUUUGCAUUUUUCUGGAAGUGAAUCUAGUUUAAUAAAAAAGACUGGAUAUCCCUUGAGAAGAAGCUGCUGGAUUCAAAUAAACAAAUAAAUGUAAAUAUAGCUGGGAGGAGGGGGGAAUGAAAAAAAAAAAAGAAAAAAAAAAGAAAAAAAAAACAUUUCUUGUCUCUCUGAAACAGACAAUUUACGACAGUCCAAGAAUCAUUAUCCUAAAGACUAACAACAAGUAGCAAUGUUUUGUUUUGUUUGAGAAAUGAAUGCAACUUAUUUGUUAGCAUUCAAACACAGGCCUCUUACAUGUCUGUUGUACAUUGUCUGUUCUUGCCUCAUUUAGCAAUCAGCAUGCUCAAAAUGCAGACUGGUUGUCUAUAGUUUCCUAAAUCCCAGAAAAUCCAAUGAAGCAUUAAACACCCACUUAACUUUAAACAAGAAGAAUGGUUUAAACCCUCCUGGGAUAAAAAAUAACACCAGCCAUACAUUUUUGUUUUGUUAGAUUUUGGUGUCAAAAUCUCAGUGUAGUCUUAGCUGAUAUAUUUUGGGAAACAGUUGACUAUAUAGUUUCAUUGUUUUCUUUGGGCCAUGUCUAAUUUUGACCCAUGAUGACAUCAUGGCUGCAUUUUGACAUCGUGUUGGUCAUGUUUCUUCCAAGUCUCACCUAUGCUGGUGUGAGAGUAUCUUUGCUCAUGGUUUCAGGUUCUAAUUUUCCUUAGUGCAGAGUCUGUGGAUUCCUGAUGAUCCAUAAGAUUUCAAAAGGUGACUUGGAAGUGAGUUCAGAUUACUGAAAAAACAUGACCAGACCAAAAAAAAAAAAUAAAAAAUCCCAUAUUUCCACAUAAAACAAAGGAAGCAAGUAGAAUCAAAAGAUUCAUGCAAGAGAACAUUCGUAAUAUAAUUUUUAUCAGUUCAAACAGAGCUGGUAUUUCAAUGCUGCGGAACUGAAAUAAGGACUCAAGUAGUAAUAAUAAUUAGAUGGUCAUUGAAUAAAAAAAGCUGAGGAACGCUGAUCUAGAAGAUGCAAAACAGUCAUGAGGGGUGCUGCAAGCACACAAUACCCAGAACAGGUAUUACUGAGUAAUUUCUGAGGAGAAAAAAAGGAAUUCUGUCAAGUUGAUUUUAAUACUGAUAUGUUGGUUCCAAUACUGGCAGCAACCGACUCUUGGUUUUCAUCUAAAAUUGUUACUUGAUAUGUAAAUCCUUUUUCUCAUAUGGAAUUCCUGGAUUACAUAGCAACUAUGUAAUGGAUAUACUGUGUAUGUACAGAUACAAACCAAAAAGUGUCUUGAAAUAAUUUAUUACUUCUAUUUUUUACCAAAUAAAAUGUUUCUUUUAAAGCUCA